GUUUCCAUCCAUUUCCUUCAAGUACAUGUAUGUCAUAGUCAAUACCCAUUUGAUUUUGAUUUUGUAUUAUGGUGUAUAAUUUAUAACAAUGGAAACAGGAGGGAGUGAUUCAUACAAAUAUACAAACAUAGUAAGUAUUUACUCCUCAUACUUAUGUUUUGCAUUUUGAUUUGGAUACGUGUAUAGAUUUUGGCUUAGAUAAGAGUAAAGGGGUUUUUUUAUCACAUGUACUUGGAUACGUGUAUAGGUUCUGACUUGGAUACGUGUAUAGUUAUUUUUACUUGGAUACGUGUAUAGGGUUUUUUUUACUUGGAUACGUGUAUAGGUUUUUUUUUACUUGGAUACGUGUAUAGGUUUUGACUUGGAUACGUGUAUAGGUUUUGACUUGAAUACAUGUAUAAUUUUUUUUUUUAAUUGGAUACGUGUAUAGGUUUUUUUUACUUGGAUACGUGUAUAGGUUUUUUUUACUUGGAUUCGUGUAUAGGUUUUUACUUGGAUACGUGUAUAGUUUUUUUUUAUUUGGAUACGUGUAUAGGUUUUUUUUUACUUGGAUACGUGUAUAGUUUUUUUUUACUUGGAUACGUGUAUAGUUUUUUUUACUUGGAUACGUGUAUAGGUUUUGACUUGGAUGCGUGUAUAGGUUUUUUUUACUUGGAUACGUGUAUAGGGGUUUUUUUACUUGGGUACAUGCAUAGGUUUUUUUUAAUUGGAUACGUGUAUAGGUUUUUUUACUUGGAUACGUAUACAGGUUUUGAGUUGGAUACGUGUAUAUGUGUUUUUUUUCCUUGGAUACGUGUAUAGGGUUUUUUUUUACUUGGAUACGUGUAUAGCUUUUGACAUGGAUACGUGAAUAGGCUUUUAUAUUGAAAGGUCACUAGUGCGUCACAAACAAAAAUCGGUGAAUACAAAGCUCACUAGUGCGUCACAAGCAAUCGUUGAAUACAAAGCUCACUAGUGCGUCACAAACAAAAAUCGAUGAAUACAAAGAAAUUUCGUGUUGUUUUAUUUUUGUUUCAAACUUUAAACUACAAAUAAAGAUCUUGGACAUAUACAUUUAGGUCUAUUGUAGAUAUUUGUGACACAUGUAUUGUUUUAACACGUGAUCAAAGAGAUUAAUACCCUUCUUUUGAUAAUAUAAGCUUCCCUUUAAGAUGCAAAUCUUAUCUCCGUAUGUAUAUCUUGUACAUUUUCAGCUGUCUUUUAUUGAAUUGUUAUUUUUCUGUUUCAUCUUCUCGUUAAAAUUGAUAACGGUUUUAAAUUCACUGAAGCGAGGAAUAAACAUGAAAGUAAACACGUUUCAGCGCUCAAUCUGUAGGAAAGCGACAUCUUGCGGAAGAACUGUAUAUACAUUCAUUUUCUCUUUAUGCAAAUGCGGUAAGCAUUUUGCCAUUCAUCCGUUAAUAUGGUAAUAUUCUAAGCCUUUUCCAGAAUAUAAAAAGAAACGUUGUAUUGCAGUUGUACCCAAACGAUCGGUUUGAAUAAUGCCAUCACUGUCUCCACUACACGCCGUAUUCUUUAGUGUAAUCGUUUGGCACACCGGUAUGAAUUCGGUACACGUGUCUGCUGGGACAGCUCUGACAGUACAAAACGUGAGGUUAGUCGAAGAUGUUAGAUUUACAGACGUUUUGCCAAGCAACGAAAAUUACUACAUAAAGUCGCUGGAGAACGUUAGCAUUACCAUGUGUGCACUGCAAUGCGUGACCCAUCUCCCGCACUGCGCGGCCAUCCUGUACAAUGGCGGAGAGGGCACCUGCAGACCGUUAAAGACACAUUUAAACGAGAACUUAGUAGACAACAAAUCAGUGAAGAAAGGAUGGAAGUUGUUUAUCAACGACAAAGCUUGUGAUGACCAAUGGAUUCCCUUUAAUGGUCAUUGUUACUUGUUCCACGAAACGAAAGCUAAGAUGGAAGAUGCUGAGACUCAGUGUGCGCAACAGAAUGCGUACGUGGUCGAAAUAGAGACGAGCGAGGAGAACACAUGGAUCUUAGAAAACUUUGUUCAGCUCUACUAUAACUCAGAUCAAUGUUACUUAGAGUGUUGGAGCUGGAUCGGUUUGUCGGAUCGACAAAAAGAGGGCGUGUUCACCUGGAUCCACCAAAAUUCCAACGUGACCUGGAACAACUGGUAUCCAGGGGAACCAAACAAUGCUCAUUCAAUUCAGGAUUGUGCAAUCAUGAUGCCACCGUUUGGGGACUGGUAUGAUCAUGAAUGCCUUGACUGCCUGGUUUACACUUGCGAAAAAAGUAUGUAAAAAGUGGUAUUGUGAACUAGAAAGUGCCGACAGAAAAAGUGUGGAAAUGUGACUAUCGUGUAAAGAUGUGUGGAAAUGUGACUAUCGUGUAAAGAUUUGAGAUCAAUACCAAUAAUACCAAUGCUGAUCUCAAAGAGAAUUUUGAAAGUGAAAAUUUCCAAACAAUAUUGCUAUGUAAUAAAAUCAUGAAUAUUGGAAUAAAAAAUUUCAAUAAUUA